AUGAAGCCUCUCCUCAUUGUAUUUGUCUUUCUCAUCUUCUGGGACCCAGCGCUGGCAGGCAUGAAUCCAAUAGCAUCAGAAAUACACAAGAAAUGCUAUGGAAAUGGCAUCUGCAGACUUGAGUGCUAUGGAAGUGAAAUGUUAGUUGCCCUUUGUAUGUUUCGACUGGAGUGCUGUGUCAAAGGAAACCCUGAACCCUGA